AUGGAUCAUGUACAUUUGAAGCAACAUAUCAUGGUAACUCAUUGGAAAUCCAUCGAUAUAAGGAUGAAGAGUGUGGCUGCCAUCAGUGUUGGCAUGAAAAUUCUCUGCGAGAAUGAGUUGGUGGAACAACUCGGCAAUGCAUACGAUGGAAGCUUUUUAUGUGACAUUUGUCACAAGUCAUUCUCUCCAAAAAUCUCAUAUAUUGUGGCCCACAUGGAGAGUACAUACAAGGAAAAACCUUACAUUUGUGAGUUUAUUAAUCUUUCAAGACACAUGAAAACGCAUAGAAAUGAGCGGCCUUAUGGUUGUGAUUUUUGCAACAAAGCUUUUUCUCAGAAAUGUAAUUUAUUGGCUCACAUAAGAACACAUACAAAGGAGAAGCCCUUUAUUUGUGAAGAAUGUGGAAAAGCAUUUUCACAGAAAAAAGGUUUAGAAGAACACUUAAGGACACACACAAAAGAGAAGCCUUACAGCUGUGAAAUAUGUGGAAAGUCAUUUGCUGUGAAAUCUAGUAUGAUAAAGCACCAAAGAUUACAUACAAAUGAAAGACCCUAUGGUUGUGAGAUUUGUGCCAAGAAAUUUACUGCAAAAGUAUGUCUGGUAAGACACAUGAGAAUACAUACAAAGGAGAGGCCAUAUCAAUGUGACAUAUGCAGCAAGUCUUUCAUUACAAGUGCAAAUCUAGCAUACCAUGUGAGGGCACACACAAAGGAGAGGCCAUAUACCUGUGAAGUAUGUAAUAAGUCAUUUCCAUAUAAAAGGGCUGUAGUGUUGCACAUGAAAGUACAUUCUGAUGACAAGCCCUAUACGUGCCGUACAUGUAGUAAGUCUUUAAAGGACGGGACAAAUUUGGUAAAUCCCCUUGAAAAGACUGCAAAUGGGGGCCUCAUAGUUUGUGACUUUUGUGGUACCCAGGAUAAAAAGAAUACCCAGGAUACCCAGAAGAAUCCAAAUCUCUACCUAAUAAUGCUUCCUCCUAUACAUCUCCUAUAUACACCCUUACCUUUACCCAAUAAUCCCCUGGAGCCAACUCACCUGGCUGCCAAGGAUGUAUGCUCAUAA